GCACCGAACAACAGAAGCAUCCCUGGGAGCCAGACGUCUCCGAUCGUGCCUGCUGUGCUCCCAACAUGAUGCUGAUCAGAGUUGUGUUGAGUGUUGCUUUGCUGGCACACAGCUCCUUCAGUGCGCCGAUGACUCCUCCAUUGGUGACAUUCCCAGGGGAGCAGAACGUGACCGACGCCGAAAUGGCAAUGGACUACUUGAAGAGGUUUGGGUACCUGAAUUUGGAAAACACAGGCAAUGCAUUGAUCAGUCUCCAAUCAGCCAUCAUAAAAAUGCAGAAAACCUUGGGCUUGCCUGUAACAGGAGAACUGGAUAAGAGCACAAUCACUGCCAUGAAGCAGCCUCGAUGUAGUGUUCCUGAUGUUCUGAACUACAAAACAUUUGAUGAUGAGAAAUGGGACCACACUGAUUUAACUUACAGAGUUACAGGCUACACCCCUGACUUGGACCCAUCUGUUGUUGAUGAUGCAUUUGCUCGUGCCUUUAAAUUGUGGAGUGACAUCACUCCAUUGACAUUCACUCAAAUCUACAGCGGCGAAGCAGACAUCAUGAUUCGAUUUGGCAGAGAAUGGCAUGGAGAUUCAUAUCCAUUUGACGGGUACAAUGGUCUCCUGGCACAUGCCUACCCACCUGGCAAAAAUGUCUACGGCAACCUGCAUGGUGAUGCACAUUUUGAUGAUGAUGAGUUCUGGACCUUGGGGAAAGGAGCAGCUGUUAAAACCCAUUUCGGCAAUGCUGAUGGAGCUUUCUGCCACUUUCCAUUUACAUACAAUGGGAACACAUACAAAGCCUGUACUUCAGAUGGGAGAGACGAUGGGUAUUUUUGGUGUGCAACGACUGCAGACUAUGACAAAGACCAGAAAUACGGCUUCUGCCCACAUGGACGGCUAUACACCUUUGGUGGUAACAGCGACAAUUCACCUUGCGUGUUCCCCUUUAUAUUUGAUGGGAACAGUUAUGACCAGUGUACAACUGAGGGACGUACGGAUCGCUACAAAUGGUGUGCCACCACCAGCAACUUUGACGUGGAUAAAAAAUAUGGCUACUGCCCCAGUCCAGCUGAUGCUGUGAUUGCUGGAAAUUCUGAUGGAGAGUUAUGUUCAUUCCCUUUCACAUUCCUUGGCAAAACAUACGAUGCUUGCACCACUGAUGGCAGAUCAGAUGGGCAGCUCUGGUGUGCAACCACCAGUGACUUCGACAAAGACAAAAAAUGGGGUUUCUGUCCAAAUGCUGGGUACAGCAUCUUUUUAGUGGCAGCUCAUGAGUUUGGACAUUCCCUGGGGCUAGAUCAUUCCACUCUCAAAGAUGCUCUGAUGUACCCGAUGUACAGCUAUAAAGAAAACUUCAGGCUAUUGAGUGAUGAUGUUGCAGGAAUCCAGCAUCUCUAUGGACGGAAAUCUGGCCCAACAUCAUCCACCCCUACAUCAAUGGCACCAAUUUCAACAUCUGUGCCUAUUACUACCAUGGCCACGACCACCACCACCACUGCCACAACCACUACCACCACAAUCGAGCCAGGUGCAGACAUCUGCAAAGUGGAUAUUUAUGAUGCAAUUGCAAGCAUAAAGAAAACGCUUCAUUUUUUCAAAAAUGGAAACGUCUGGAAGUUUGCAUCAGCAAAGAAAGUCAUCAAGGGACCAAUUCCAAUUGCAAAGAUGUGGCCAAAAGCUCCUUCCAAAAUUGAUGCUGCCUUUGAAGAUAUGAGUACAAAUAGAGUCUACGUUUUCUCAGGGAGAUCAUACUGGGUAUUUUCUGGCACUAGUAUUGAGCCAGGCUAUCCCAAGGACAUCGGCAAACUGGGCAUUGAUACCAAUGUUGAAAAGAUAGUUGGUGCAGUUAUGAAAGGUCCAAACAAAGUGCAACUAUUUGGUGGACAGAAGGUUUGGAGGCUCGAUAUAGCAACAGAGAAAGUUGAUAGGAUCAGUCCAAUUUAUGACAGGUUCCAGCACAUUCCAGUUGAUGCUAAUAUUGUCUUCAUGCACAAAAUGAACACCUACUUCCUGCGAGAUAAGUACUUCUGGAAAAUGGACAUGUACAAUCGAGUCACUUUUGUCGGAUUCAUCAAGAGUAACAUUCUGAAUUGUAAAGAAUAAAACUUUCAAUCUCAGGAGCAGCAUUAUCUCGAGGAAGAAUUGUUGUUUAAUUUAUUGUGUUUACAUUAUUCUGCCACAUUUUGGGAUCACAGUGUAAUCCUUCAGUUUACAUUUGCUUUCCAUGUUACUGGGUUUGUUCUUGAAGGAUAAGAAAUCUGUGCAAAAUAUUUUGCAAAGGAGAAAGGGUGAAAUUACAAAACCCAGUUACCUUGAAUCUGCAACUGAAUUAAAGGAUUAGACAGCAACCAACAGUAUUUUUUUUAAAAUUCAUCAAGUAUAAGAGAUAAAUAUAUUAACACUUUUGAUUGCAUGAAUUUUUACUCAGGCUGAGUCAAAGUGCCUGCUGGACAAUCUAAAUCUAGAACUUCAUUUGUUGUGUUCAUUCUACUUGCAACUAAUGUUAAGGCACAACAUUGUGACAUUCUGUCCAAGGCAUAAAUGUGAAGCAGAUGCAAAUCCAUAUGAGACAAAAAGAAGGAAGGAUGUGCUCCAGUUGUCACUGGAACACAUUUGCUUAUUUUACUAUCAGCUGUAAUAGGAUUGACCACAACAGAAUGAACAAGACUCAAAUGUGUCUUUUUUUAAAGAUAGUGGGAAAGAGAGUAUCCUAAUGGCGACUGUUAUUUGUAUUGUUUACGCAAGUACAGAUAAUGUUUAUAUCUUAUACAAGAUUAAUUAUUUAUUCUAAUUUCAAUGUUUAUUUUUUCUACUUGGGGACAAUUUUUGGAUAGAUUUUCCUAGGACGUUUGGCAAUGUAGAGUCCAGCUGUUGAUCGGUAUCAUGGACAGUUGCCUUGUAAUGUCGAUCAUGCUAUUUGUGUAUCUUACUGGUGCUGCUCUGCAUUGGUGUGUUUACAACUAUUGUCACUCCUGCCAAUAAUGCCACCAAAAAGCAGGCAAACAUAUGAUCACAACAGUUAUCAAAAUAGCUUGAUGAUCAGUGUUUUGCCAUGAUUGCAAUGAACUUGAGAAGAGGCCUUUGUACAACUUGCAUUGACUGUUGGAUUGAAAAAUGUGAACACUUUGAUAUUGGUCUCUCAUCACUGAUUAUCAUCUCAGCACACAUUGGUCAGGACAGUACAAAACAAGACUUUUGAUUUAUUGUUUCUGGAGUUACUAAUGUAGCUUUGCUUUACCACAAUAGUGUUAUUAAAAUGGACAUACGUCCAUCGCGAUGAUUUAGUUGUUAUAUUAAAAUGUCUUAUGUAUAGUUGGUUUGGGGCUUCUCUUGCUAUACUGACUAUAACAUCCCUUGGUAUGGAAAAGAAUUUCCAUGUAACAUUUCUAAUGCAAUUUAAAAUGAAUUAAUUUAAAGUUUAAACAUUGUAAUUGAAAUAAAUUAUUGUAAGUUUGAAUGCUUCUAAUAAAUUGCUUGUUGCAUUUCA